AUGGAUUCUUGUAAGAACGUGAAUUUGGAGGGUAAAAGUGAUGAUUCUGAGGCAAAUUCAUCAGUGGUGGAUUUAUCAAAAAGUUAUGAAGCUCAAAUUUCAAUUAACUUGAUUGAUAAUCAAGCAAAUACAAGGUAUGAUUCUUGGAAGUAUUCUUUAAUUGGUCGACUUGACUUAUUGCGUAUUAAGUUUGUAGAUGCUUCAAAUAUGUUGUUGAAGCAAUGGAAAAUAUCAGGAAAGUGUCAGCUAAUUCCAUUAGGAAAACGUUUUUUUACAAUUAAAUUAGAAAAUGAAGUUGAUAAGAAUUACAUCAAAUAUGGUUUAAGUUUAGAAUAUUGGGAUGAGGAAAUUUUAUUCAAAUUAAGCAGAGCUCUAGGUAAUCAUGUCAAGGUUGAUGAUGCUACAUUGAACUACCAAAGUGGGUACUAUGCAAGGGUUUUAGUAGAGAUUGAUUUAGCAAAAACUAUUCCAAACAAAUUAUGUAUUAUCACAAAGUAUGGAUGUUUCUCUCAGUCAGUUGUUCUUACUAAUUUACCUAAAUUCUGUUGGAAGUGCAAAAUAGUUGGUCAUCAGUAUUCUGAAUGUAGAGCAAAGAAUCAAUCAGAAACAUCUGGUGAGAAAGUUAAUUCUUCCAGUUUAGAAAAGCAAAAGGAGGUUAAUGGUUCUACUUCAGAGAAGUUGAAAGAUAUUCUUCAAUCUGCUCAACAGGUAAUAAAACCUUUUGAUAUUUGUCAAACUCCUGAGAAAGUUCAAGUAGAAAACAUAGUGGGAAAUUCUGUCAAUACAAUCUCAAUAUCACAAGGAAGAUUCAGUCCACUACAAGAUGAUACAGGGAUAUAA